AUGCUUGUGCAAGGCGAAGAAGGUGGGGCAGAUGAUAGGGAAGGUAUGCCAGAGCGUCACAACGAGGAAAAAAAUGGAAAUCUAUUAAAAGUAGUCUAUUUCAGGAGGAAAACUCGACGUCUGAAAGGGAGCGAACGAAGAACUUAUUACCGAGGAAGACACGAGUUCACUUGGCCGACCAAUGGGCGAAAAGCUCCCCUUGAUGUUCAGCUCUCAGUGACAGGUAGCAUCGAGCGAUUAGGGGAUGGAGACAAAAAGGUGAUAGCAUCGCGCCAUAUUCUUCCCGAAGACAGCAUUAAUGUCGUCGUCAGAGUGAGACCUCUGAGCGACAAAGAGGCGAAGGCCGGCGACGACAUGGCCGUCCAGUUCCCUGGGGAAGGGCAGAUAUACGUUCCGGCCAGCGGUGGGACCGACAAAAGAGCGAAGGUCUUUUCUUACAACGUCGUCUUCGAGCCAGCAGCCACGCAGGAGGACGUUCUCCAGUAUUCGGGCAUAAAGAAGCUCAUCGAAAUGGCGACCGAGGGCUUCGGCUGCACCGUCUUCUGCUACGGCCAGACCGGAAGCGGAAAAACCCACACCUUAACUGGACCCCCCGGCCUGUUCGAGAGGAUGAAUCCCUACUCCGAGGACCACGGUCUGGUGUUCCGGUCGUUCGUUCAUCUCUUCAAGAUUCUUCAAGAACGGCGGGAUUGUAAUUUCGUGCUGAAGGCGUCCUUUUUGGAGAUCUACAACGAGAAGGUCAUAGACCUCCUGAAUCCAGGGGCCUCCAGGAAGCCCUUGCCCGUCAGGUGGAGCAAGAAAAUCCGCGGAUUCUUCGUGGAGAACCUCUUCACGGUAGAGUGCGAGGAACUCGACGACCUCCUUGCGGUUCUCGAAGAAGGAAUGAGAAACAGAUCCGUGGGCGUGCACAACAUGAACGAUUACUCCAGCAGAAGUCACACUAUACUCACCGUUCACAUCACCUCGGAACAGCAGAUGGAAAACGGUGUGUUUAUCACGAAACAAGGAAAAAUCAAUUUCGUCGAUCUUGCGGGCAGCGAGAUGACCAAGAAGACUCAGAGUGAGGGGAAGACCCUUGAAGAGGCCAACAACAUAAAUAAGAGUCUCAUGGUGUUAGGGUACUGUAUCUCGUCAUUAAGCGAUGGCAAACGUAAAAGUGGACACAUCCCCUACCGGGACAGCCAGCUGACUAAACUGUUGGCGGACAGCCUGGCGGGAAAUGGAGUCACUCUUAUGAUCGCGUGCGUUUCACCUGCACGUUCGAACGCCUCUGAGACAUUGAACACCUUGAGGUACGCGGCCCGAGCUAAGAAAAUACGAACCAAGCCGAUCGUCGUAAUGGACCCAAGAGAGGCUCUGAUCCUGAGCCUGAAGAGAGAGGUGGGAGCUCUUCAAACGGAAAACGACCACCUGAGGACGGCGUUUCACCUCGGCGGCGACCCAUACCUGCUGCGAAGCGAAUCGAAAGGAGAAAGGCGAGUACCGGUUACACCACCGCAAGUGGACCUGGACAAAUUGGCAGAGCUGGGAGGCCCAGAAUUGAGCCAGCUGAUCCGGGCUUACGUUACCGAGAACGAGGCUCUUAGGCGGGAAAAUGCAGAGCUCUACUCCACCCGGGAACAGGUCAUGAGAGACCAGGAAGUCGUCUGCAAGGAGAACGAGAGGCUGCUCAAAAAGCUGGAAGACGUCAACUCAGUUUGCUGCCGAUCGCCGAUUAUUCCGGCGAGGCCAACGUACUCUGCAGAGCUGUUGAACGGCACAAGGAACGAGGACGGACCUGGAGCCACCAACGUGUGGACCAACCCCGAGGUAGACGCAUCUCGACCGGCGUUCUCCACGUCAAAGAACCCAAGCAACGGACGAACGUCCAGGAUGAGCGGUGGGAUGCCGGAGAAGGUGCUCAAGGAGCUGGACAAGCGACGAAUCGUCGGGAGUUCCAGUAAUAUCGUCGAGGCCUACAGAGAUAAGAGCCACCACCGUCGAAAUCAUUCCUGGGACAACGGGAACGGACCCCCGGACAGUCCGGACCUGGUGCCAUCUCCUGCUCACGGGAAUCAGAGCAAGAAGACCGCUCCACGACGCACGGCCACCCUCCCAGAGGGGAAGAACUGGGAUAAAGUGAACGAGAUCCUGGGCGGGCCGGUACUUCCACCAGGACACUCCUUAAACGGGACGCCGGAUUCGAUGCUGAGUGGACCCUUGGCCAUGGAUUCCCCCUCGGCGCCAGAUACAGGAGAUUCCGUUGCACCCACUGUUCCUUUUCCUGCCGUUUCUCGAGCCUCCUCGCCGUUCACAUCGUCUGAACCCGAAGACGGUGGAGAUAAUGCCACGGACCCCAGAGAUUCCCGAAGGAGCAGGGGACUUCCCCCCGGCAGGAAGGACGAUCGCACCGCUCGCCGGGUUUUCGGCAGCCUCGUCUCCCUAGACGAUGAAGACCUGCGAUUUUAAUCUACCUCGGUACCAUUUUAAUCGCGGUUCAAUCCAGUACCAAAAUGCGCUUUCUCUGAUAGAUGUAAUCCUGGGAUUCCCCUUCGAAAGUCCACCCCUGUACUCUGAAGUUCGAUCAACGCUCGCUUAGCAAUAGAGCCACUCGGAGUAGAUACUAAAGCCCGCAUUUUGGUACUUUUUGAAUAGUCGGGAGACUAUUCAAGAAUCGAUCAAGACUUCGGCCUACGUUAGGCUUACCUCGCGUCUCGUCGCAGACUUUAAAAUGGAUAUAACAACUGGGGACGCGUGAUUCUUAAGGUGGCCUACGUGGCGCGGCUUGCCUUCCUCCUGUAUAGAGUUAGUUUUGAAAGCCUGCGUGUGAUGUAGAAUUUCGUCUAGUACGGAUUACUAGGGUUUUAUACUAGCGAAUGGAUGGCACGAGUCGACCUUGUAAGACUACCAUUUGUAAGUUGCACAGUACAGUGUGCAGGAAUUAAUAUCCAUUAUGAUUAAAGUAAUGUGUCACCUA